CCCCCUUUGCGCGACGCAGGCCUCGGGGCUUCAGUGUCAGACGUAACAUCACUAGUAGCACCCUAUUCUAGCAAACUAACGGGUUCAAAUGGCGUAGCUCUCAUAACAGUACGAGACGGGAAUCCCACUGAAUGCAAUUACACAUUCAAUCAGAAACUACCCCUUCACGGGUGAAAAUUACGAUUUAGAGAAACCGCAAGGAAAUCACCGCCGUUGUUUACUCUGUCGGGCUAGCUGAACAGAACAGUCAAGAAUGGAGCCAGAGCAGUCAGGCUCAGAUGCAGACUCUCAGGAUGUCAACCCUGUGUUUCUGCAGCAGCUCAGAGAGCUGGACAUCCCAGAGGAGGCAGCCAAACAGGCACUUCUGCACACUCGGAAUGUGUCUGCUGAGGAGGCGGCCAUGUACUACUUCAACAAGCUGGAGAAUGAGGAGGGAGACGAUGACCUCAUGUUCAAGAUGGUGUUUGUGGUGAACAUGGACCUUGCCAUGGGUGUUGGAAAGGUGGCAGCCCAGGUUGGCCAUGCUGCUGUAGGAUUGUACCAGACCCUACAGGAGAAGAACAGCUGGAGAGAGAUGGCCUGGAAGUGGGACCACAGUGGAGCCAAGAAGGUGGUAGUCCAGGGCACCAAUGUGGCUCAUCUACUGGAACUGCAGGCCCUGGCCAUGAGUCUCAGCCUGCCUGCUUACCUGGUCCAAGAUGCAGGCCUUACCCAGGUUGAGGCUGGGUCCCGCACUGUCCUGGCCAUCAUGGGCGAGGAAGAGAUGGUGAAUAAUGUCACUGGGAGUCUGAAACUGCUCUGAGGGGCUCAACCCCUUAACAGGGAGGCAUGGCUUUAUAGUGCCACAGUGCAACCAGCAGAGGGCAGAAUAUCCCAGCAACAGGGAGAGUCUUGGCAUGCAAGAGUGUAACAACCUUAAAAAAAAAAAAAGACCUAAAGAACAAGGGAAAACAAGUCAUGUCCCAAAACCAGAAAACAAACACUCUCAGCCAUUUUUUUCCCUUUCAUUCUUUGUCUGAGCUGCUUAGUCAGCCAUUGAGAGAAAGAGACUGGUUCUUCACAAAGGAAUGAGAGGAAGGCAGUUGAAAUUUCUUUUUCUGGUGAUCUUUCUUCAGUAACAGGCCACAUACUUAAGUCUUAAUAAAAUCGUAAUCAUUUUUUUAGACACAUCUAGUUUGUGGUCCACUUUCAGACAUAGCAAAGUCAAAUCAAGUAGUAUUGGUAGUUGACCAAUGUUUUAGUUCUGCUUAUUCAAUGGGCCAUGUACUUAAGACUAAUAAUAAUAAUAAUAAUGAUAAUGUAUUUAGAAUUACACCCAAAGCAGAUGUAGUAUUUGCCUAUUAUUCACUACUCCUGAGUGAAGGUUAACGUAUUAACAGAUAAUGUGAACACUCAUUUUUGACAUUUAAAUGAUUUUGUGUCUGUAUGCAACUAUUCUCCCAAAGAUCCCUAUCCUAUAGACUCAGUAACAUUACUUAUUAUUGAUGGCUAUAUUUUCUAUACAUAUGCCUGGUAGAGCCAUAUACUGUAUAAUGUGUGGUGUGCCAUCCUAAAAAGUAUGCACAACUGCUGGACUUUGUUGUAUUUUUUUUCUUUAUGUAAAAGGUAAAAAAAAAACUCUAAUUAUAAUUUUUGUAUUUAUCAGUAGAAUUUGAUGGUGGGCGAGAGAUUCUGUGGAAUAAAAAUGUCAUGUAGUAAAGGUCUAUGUUGGCCCCAACUUUGCACUCUGACUGCCUGGGGUGGAUAGGUUACAAUAAUUCUUUUCAUCAACUUACAGAGAAUGCAAAUUGUGUGUAUGCCCAUUGUUAUGGACUUGGUGAAUAGCCUUGCACACUAAUAAUCUAAUACACAAAGAAUGUGUGAGCUGUUUGUCUUCUCACUAACAAAUAUUUGUGGGCCUGAGCUGUCUCACAGAAUCCUUAGCUUAUAUGUCAAGGAUUUUAUUUUUAUCAGAAAUCUUGGCUGUGUCAUGCAUGCAAUGUGAAAUGUAUAUUUGAAGAGACCACUGGAAUCCCAAAGUUAAGUCAAUUUUAGUAACGUCCACACUUUGAUACCUCUCGAGUCAAUUAGCCAUUUGUGUGAGUGCUUCAGACUAUGGAGACAAUUAAAACAUUAAGUAACAAGCA